AUGACUGCAUUCUGGUCCACCAAGCACACAAUUGGACCUAUGUCCCUCGGCCAUCUUCUCACAUACGGUCUGCUCCUACUGCACCUGUCUCCCGGUGCAAGCGCUGGAAACACCUGCAGCUCUUUGAACUGCUUCUCUGCCACGGAUAACACUGAUGCACCAGGUGCACCAGUUAUUCAGCAGGACCAAUACGCCAGCAUCACGUGCCCAAACAAAGAUGCACCUACGACCAAGGAGGGCUGGGGGGUGUACAAGUCCGCGUCUCUGCCUACCGUCGAGGUCAUAGAGGCUGAUCUUCGCCUGUGCGGUAUUGUCACGGCCCCUGAUAGCACGAUGCUGUUUUAUUCCUUUGGCGCAGGAUCGCCGGCGGCUAGGGCAUUCGCCACAAAGUACCCUGAUCUCAAGGCCAAAAACAUUAACGAUGUCAUGCCGGAGUCUUGGUUCCAGGCCCUGACCAAGUUUCCGGAGCUGACAGAACAGGCCAAAGGCUCGGGGCAGCAGGCAUGGGUUGCUCGAUCGUCCCAGGCAUUGGCCAAGGCAGCAUCGGGCGAGGUCUACCUCUUAGCCAAAACCCCUACCAACAUCUACACUCUGCCCUACGACACCAAUGACAAGGAUUGGGGUUGGCGAGGCCCGCACAAUGUCUGGUCUGACUAUGAAUUUGCGACUCUCCAGGCCAACCCGGACGUCACCGCCAUCUACACUGUUACCCCGAUCUAUCCUCCCGACGCCGAGGACACUGACCCUCCAACUGAUUUCCAAAUUGAUAAAACUGGGGCCGGAUCGUGGGUGAGGUCCCGUAAUCCUCAAGGAGGCAAUGCUGCAUACAAUGUCAACGCCAACACCGUAACCAAGGACAGUAUUGAUAAGCUCAAGGCGGACUGGAAGCCCACGAACCCUGCCUUGUGUAAGAAAGGCAUAACCAGCUCGACUGACGCUGCUGACGCGUGCCUGCUUGGAACCUCCACGUCUGUUACAAGCUCAACAUCGACAAGCGCACCCACUACCUUGAGCACCAGCACCAUCUCCUCCGUGUCCUCAGCCAAGGCAACCACCACUACUUCACAGGCGCAGACAACCACUACUUCACAGGCUAAGCCAACCACUACUUCACAGGUCAAGACGACCACAACGUCUGCAAAGGCCAAGACGACAUGUGCCAAAGGGAAGAAAUCUUUGUCCAAUGAGGCUGGCAAGAAUCGUCAGGGAUGCUGGGAGAAGAUGGGCCGGCUGGACGAGAAUGCUACUUGCCUUUAUAUUAUUUGUGUGUUCGAUAAAACGACCUGGUGUCUGGCUAGAGGUGUUAAGGUUGAAACGGCUAUGGGGAGCGCUGGGAUUCCGCGGCGUACAGGCGUAUUAGGAUCGAAGUUCACUGGCUGA